AUGGCAGCGGGGAUAGAGGAGGGGGACUCACACAUGGAGGAGCUGGUGGACCAGGGCCUGGGGAUGGAGGAGACGGCCCGCGGCCUGCUGAGGAGACCCUCGCUGAAGGAGAGCUACCACAGCGACUCAAUGCUGGCACCCGACACUGACUUCAUGACAGAUGAUCGCAGCUCGGCAGCCAGUGGCCUGGACGUGGUCGACCGGCUGACAUAUCUGGAGCAGAGGAUGCAGAUGCAGGAAGAUGAAAUCCAGCUGUUGAAGAUGGCUCUGGCUGACGUCCUCAAGAGGCUCAACAUCUCUGAGGAGCACCAAGCAGCUGCUGCCUCCGCUGGUGUCAGGAGAGCAUCGGGCGCUAAAGCCCGGCCAGUGUCUCUUGGCCUGCCCUCCAGACCGCCCAUGGUGACCUCCAGCGCUGCCUCUGUGAAAAAGAGCUCCACGCUGCCCUCCAGCGCCACAGCCAGGAACUACAGCCCAACACCGCCCCGCAGUGGUGUGUGGAGCCCAGCAAGUAGUGUGAAGGACAGUCCAUGUAAGAUCACCAAACGACCCACAUCUGCAGCCUCCACCUGUAAGAAGUCUCAGGAAGGCAAGUCCAAGGAGCCGGCUGCAGAAAGUGUAGGGACGAGCCAUGUGACACACUGCAAAGUGACUAUGCAGAUCUAUCUGAGCCCCCUCACAAGAAAGACUGGGUCUUCUGAGUCCGCCAAAUCCACCGCCGCGGUGCCUGCCAACAGUGGGCCCACGUCCACACCCAACAACCCUCAGGCGAAGGGGGGCAGCAAGCCAGAGGCGAAGAAAAAGAUGACCCCGUCCUUCACCUUAAACCUGCAGAAAACCACAACCAGCCACAGCGCAGCACAGCAGGACACAUCCAGCUACAAGAGCCCGCUCAAAUCACCCAGCCAGUACUUUCAGAUUUGUUACUGAGGCAGGAGGGUCGAGAUAGAUUUACUACAAAUUUGUCGCCGCUAUCAAGUUUACCGAACCAAAAACAAAUCAGUCCAUUAAAUGGCUGUUAUCAGUGUCCGAGACACCGUCAUCAUCUUUUCCCCAUGCUUGCUCACGGACAACCGUUCCUUGCGAACCAAAAGACGUCGAGUCGUUUUAAAAGAUGUAGCCUACGUAAGCAAAGUGACAUUACGUACGUUAUUUAUGCAACGUCAGGUUACGUAACAAACGCAGGCAUACUUAUUCUAACCCAAACCAUGAUCUUUUGUUGCUAAAACUAAAACUCAUAGUUUUGGCGCCUCAACCUAACGUGACUGAAAGUGAAACGUUCAAAACAAACUGAUAACAGUCAUUUAAUGUCCUGAUAACGUUUGAAACGGACGUUAUUAAAAGACUCAUUUAACCACUUGAACAGAAAACGGCAAAUAAAGACUUUCUUCCAAUGUUGAAAUAAACUGAUUUGAAAAUGGGGAGGAGUGCACUUCUGACAGGACUUUCCUCUGUAGUGAAUCCUGACUUUGUUGCUUUGGGUAUGUGCAACAUGAGCGCUUACAGCAUGUCCAAUAACAAGUUUUAGUAACUGUAAUGUUUUAUGGCAUGAUUAUUUAUUUCAAAGAUAGUACAGUAUGACAGCUUUAAUGCAUUUUUAUCCUCCUCCGAGAGCACAGUAGUCAUAGAUCCAUUUCUCACAUAGUACCUGUGUAUUGUUUUACUGAAUGCGUGUGUGUACUGUAAACAUUCUCACUCUAAAUGUGAAGUUUGUAAGGCGAGGAUGUGUAUGUAGUUGUUUUUGAGCGCUGACUGUGUUUGAUGUAAAUGAGUGUAAGUCUGUCUCAUUCCCGUGUGCUGUGAUGUUUCUCGUUGUUUUGUAGUCGAUGUUCCACUUUAAGCAAUAUACUCUGUGUACUGGAAUCAGUCAAAAUGGCUCAUUCAAGUUCAGGACAAGCAAUAAA